CAUUCCACAGUUCGAUUUAAACAAGAUGCAGUAAACUAAACUUUUUUGAUAUUUUUAGAGAUUGUUAAAAGCAUAUUUUGUUUACAUUCUAUUUGCUUUAAUAUCAUUGGAUUUUCAUUUGAAGUCUGAUUUGUUGCCGCUCUUACCGUGUUUGAGUGAUGCCAUAGAUAUCUUUGCUGAUGAUUUUAACUUUCUUGGACAUUUUUCAAUACACUCUUUGGCUGUGUCAUAUAGCAAACGUUUGGCGUCAUAAAUAGAAAUAAAUAAAGUUUGAAAUAUGGACCCUAAUAAUAUGCUUUUUCGCUUGGAGGAUUUAACGCCGGAGAGGCUAUAUGAAGAGUACGGUAUAAGCAAAGAAGAUGUUCAAAGAAAUCCUGCUCUAUAUAAAGCGUACGUUGACGAUUUCAUACCAACUCGUGAAGAUCUGGAGUGUAAGCUGGAUGAGGAGCAACUUAAAGAGCUAUGUCUGCGCCGAUCAUGUCGUGUUCUAAUGUAUCGUUGGAAUCCCGUGCAAGAUUUCGUCGACCAGUUUACCCGACAAGGACGCAUACAACGUUGGACGAAAGAGAAGACGAAAAAGCUAAUAAUAAAAGGCAUAUGUAGACAUAAAGAUGUAUGCAUGUAUAGUGAAGAGGAAAUACGAAUAGAACGUGAAAGGCAAUGGUGCGAAAGAAAAAAGGAAAAUUUAAUGCGGUUGGUGUUAUGGGAGUAUGAUCGUGUGGAAGAGCAAAUCAACAAUGAAGAGUCUUCACAAGGAGAAUUAGAAUUAUGUUCUGCCAUGGAAAAUGAGGAACAUAUUGACGCUCUUAUGGCAGAAUUGCUUAAAUCACCAUCACGAUCAACACCUUCGGACAUUGCGUCCAUAACAGAACAAACACCACAUUCCGGUGCUUUAUUCACGUCAUCAGAUACUGAUACAAUAAAACAACAACCAGCAUCAGACAUCCUAAUACCACCGUUAGCAGAAUCCCAGCCCUACUCAAUCCCCAGUACUCAAAAUACAGAAGAGCUGGCAGCCAGAGAAUAUGCAGAAUUGAUGCAGCAAGCAGGCGUCAACGUGAAUCCUAUACUCGCUGAUUAUUUGAAUGUUAAUACAGACUCCAUACAGUUUGACGAUUCAGCAAUAUUAGAUUCAGAAGUUAAUUGUGACGGCACACCGCCAUAUUGUGAUUUCAAUGAUCAUAUAUCUUUUACUUCAACGCAAUCAGCAGGUGCUAAGCGAACUUCACCAGCAUAGCCUAGGACUAACCCGCCUCUGCGGGUUAGGGGCUCAAGAAUUUACCCGUGGUAAGGCAUGCCUGUCGUAAGAGGCGAGUAAAAGCCAA